CGGAGUUCUGCUGCAGUUUUACCGGAAGACAAAUGGGAAAAACGCGAACAUCCACCGUGACACCUGCGUUCCCGUCUCACUGAUCGCGUUCAAAGUUUAUUUGUCUCAUCAGAGGCUCGAUGAGGAAACAGCGGAGGAAAUAAACCGAGACUGUGGCGUCCAUUACAUCCCCGCUGAGGUGACGGAGAACAGACGCUACCAGGCGGAAGUGGAGGAGGAGUGGAGCCCGCAGCAGGUCUAUGAGACGGUGAAUCAUGAGAUUAACAGGCCCCCUGAGAGUUGUGGCUGUGCUGCUGCUGGUAGGUCUCACAUGGCUGCUGGCAAACACAUUCUUCGGAGAGGAUAGUGGCUCAUCUGUGCGACAUUUCUUCAGUGGUGCAAGUGAGGAGCCAACUCCAGCCGAAGCCCAUCCUCGCAGGUAUAAAUGUGGACUUUCAUCUCCCUGUCCCUCAAAACAUUUGGCUUUCCGCCUGGUGUCCGGUGCUGCCAACGUCAUCGGUCCCAAAAUCUGCCUGGAGGACAAGAUGUUAGUGAGCAGUGUGAAGAACAACGUUGGCAGAGGACUGAACAUAGCUUUGGUGAAUGGGGUAACAGGAGAUCUCUUGGAUACAAAAAGCUUUGAUAUGUGGGCAGGAGAUGUUUCUGACCUGCUGAAGUUCCUCCGACCGCUCCACGAGGGAACACUCGUGUUUGUGGCUUCUUUCGAUGAUGCUGCCACAAAGAUGAACGACGAGACGAGGCGACUCUUUGAGGAGCUCGGGAGCACGGCUGUGAAGGAUCUGGCCUUCAGAGACAGCUGGGUGUUCGUAGGUGCCAAGGGCAUCGAGAACAAGAGUCCUUUUGAGCAGCGCAUGAAGAACAGUAAGAGCAACAACAAGUACGAAGGUUGGCCUGAGUCUCUGGAGAUGGACGGCUGCAUUCCUCUUCGACCCCCUCUGGAAGUAUAACUGCGCCAUGUCUUCCAUCACACUCACUUCCCGAGCACCUGCAGCAUGGGAUCCAGAUGACUGUUAGAAAGCUAAGGAGCUGCUGAACAACUGAAAAACCCUGAGACUUUGUGCCACGUAACCCUUUUUUGAAUUUUUCUUCCAAUGGCAGAAAGGAAUGCUGACUGAAAAGUUUGUCUCCGGACUUGAUAUAUUUAUAAUAACUGGAACCUGUGGUGGAAGAUUUGUGCAUUGGAAGGUUUUGUGAGCCACUUUCGAGUUGGUAAAGAAACUUGAGAGGCCAUAUGUUUCAAGACCAAAAAGUAACGGCGUCUAGUGAAUGAAUACAGCUGGAGUAGGUAUUCCAAAGUCAUUGUAGAAAAAUGGACACGUCUCCUCUCUUCAAGUCUGCCUGCGAGGUGUCAACAUUGUGAGCUUGAGUGACAGGAUCAUGAGGUGUCGUAAUCGUUGGCGGUAAAAGACGCCGAACCAGUUUUUUCACCAAUGCAAAUGGAAACCUAAUCCACAUCAGCACCAGACAAAUAUCUGAGGUCCACUAGUAGUUUUUAAAAGUUUUACUACGGUCCAUGUCUGUGUGAUGAUUUUAUAUUUAAAUCUGUUGAAAUAUGUUUUCUCGUGAUAUAUACAAGGCCAUGAUAUCGUUAUGCAUAGUGGUAGAUGUUAUUGCUUGCCACGUUUACAGGUUCUUUAAACAGCAAUUAUUCAUUUAACUACAAUUAAAUCUCUCUAUUUCAAGACUUUCAUUAAAGACACAGCCGACUGAUCGAGUGGAUUCAUCCUAACACUGCCCAUGGUUUUAAUGUUGUCAUAGGCCUGCAGGCAUUUUCCAACAGAGUGCUUUGUUUAAGAGGUUCAGCCUAAAUGUGUGUCUGUAGAUGCUUUUUCAAUUUCAAUUUCAUUUUCAUUUCAAUUUUAAAGAUUUUGAAUGUAUCCACCUGGCGUCUUGCAAGCCGAACGUGAAGGAAAUGUUCAACGCGUAGAAAUAGUAAAGAUUAUUUAUGUAUGUUUAGAAGUUCAUUUCAGCUGCCUUUUUCCUGGAUUACGUCAUAUUACCUCUGAGUGUCAUUGUUCUUUUUUUAACAAAGCAUCCAGGUCUGUGUUUAUAUUGUGACAAUGUGGCUGAAUAAUAAUAAUAAAUUAAAAAAUGCCCAUGAA